AACAGACGUGCUCAAACACACGUGCACACACACGUGUACACAACACACGGCGUGUACACAACACACGCUUGCUCACACACGCGCCGUGUACACAACACACACGUCGUACACACACACACGCGGGUGUAUAUAUAUGGCAAGGUGGGCCCUGUGUUUACAAGUCCUGACGAGGAAGACGCCGAACGUCUCGCUGGGAUUAUAAUCAAGAUCUGACGACAUUGCUGAGAGAUUUACGCACGGUGCCGAUGGUGAACGAGGAUAAGAAGAUCAACGUUUCGGAGGGGGGAUCCUGCGGCAGCUGCGAAGAAGCGUUUCACAGUGCGAGCUGUUGGUCAUAUCCACUGCUGGAUGAGAGAGGCCUCUGAUAAUUAUGUUUUGGGGUGGCUGUGUGUUGUAGAAUCCGCCGCCACCCGACGCGGCGGGGUCUGUGAGGAGUUUAUUUAAAGCCACGACGUUUGCUUACACUCUCAAGUACGACGUUUCGCGAGCGAUCCCAACAAAAGCGAAGCCUCCCGUCGGGGCGAUUUGCCCGAAUUGCGUUUGACCAUACUUCACCAUCCUGGUAUCGUGAAGAGGAAGAGGAAGAAGAGGUGAUGAAGAUGGUGAUGAAGACGGCGAUUCACGCGGACGUUUGAAGCAAGAAGCGCCAACUUAUUUAGUUUUGAUAUCGGGUCACACGUGAAGAGCCGAGGAUAAUGUUAAAGUUUAAAGUCAUUAAACACAAAAGUCACAACGAUGGGACCACGAGCUUUGAUCACCCGCUAGGCGAGCAGGCUGGCGACACCACCGUGCUGCUACUGACCAAUCGGAUUUCCGAAUCGUCACAACCACCGCAACAACAACAGCAGCCGCCGCAACAGCAACAACAGUUCUAUCAUCAUCAGCAGCAGCAACAUCAGCAGCAUCACUAUCAUCAUCAGCAGCAGUCGUCCACCCCACCCCCGGUCCCGCGACACCAAUCCCAUCACUACCAGCAGCAGCAGCAUCAGCAGCAGCAUCAGCAGCAGCAUCAGCAGCAGCAGCAGCAUCAGCAGCAGCAGCAUCAUCUCCUGCACCCUCACCACUACCAGCAGUAUCAGCAGCACCAACAUCAGCAGCAGCAGCAGCAUCAGCUGGGCGGAGGAGGAGGAGGAGGAGGGGAGGAGGAGGCGCUGCUGGUGGUGUGUGACGCGGCGCCGGCACGCCCGGUCAGCGUUUCCAGCGGGAGCUCUGCCACCGCCGCCGCCAUGUCCGGCCACCCGACAGGGGGCGAGCACGACGGGGUGGGCGCCCCCCCCAGCCCCGUGCCUAAGAACGCCAAGGGCUCCAGGAAGCUCCAGAACUUCGGCAAACGCUCGCACUCCAUCCGGCGGAACCCCAACGCGCCCGUCAUGAUCCGGGGUUGGCUUCACAAACAGGACAGCACGGGGAUGAAGCUGUGGAAGAAGCGUUGGUUCGUGCUGUCCGACUUCUGCCUGUUCUACUACAAAGACAACAAGGAGGAGGGUGUCCUGGGCAGCAUCUCCCUGCCCAGCUUCCAGGUGAAUCCGGUGGAAGCCGACGAUAAAAUCAACCGCAAGUUCGCCUUCAAGGCCGGGCCUCCGAGCCAGAGGCACGAGAAGCCGGCAGGGGGUGGCCGCCACUUGACCCGUGUGCCGUGGCAGGCACGGCACGCUGGCAUGCGCACCUACUACUUUGGCGCCGACUCGCUGGAGGAAAUGCGCGUGUGGAUGAAGGCGAUGGUGCAGGCGUCGCAGCUGCAGAUGGAGAUCCCGCAGGGCGACGACGGCGGCGGCGGCGGCGGCGCGGACGAUAAACCGGCGAGCGCCGGCAACCACUCACGCGGACGAGCGGCGGACGAAGAGGAGGCGGCGGGGGGGGGGCAGGUGCUCGCCGACGGGCUCCGUGGGGCGCCGGGAGACGUCGCGGCGCCGGCCCGGUGGCGGCGGCCGCCGCGCUCCGACGGCGGCGACGGCGGCGACGGCGGCGACGACGACGAACGGGGGGGCGGCCCGCGCGGCGACGUGGAGAUCGUGACGGAGGAGGGGCUGGCUCGCCCGCGGGCCGGCACGGACGACGACGACGACGACGACGACGCGGAGGUGGAGGCCGUCACGUCGUUCGCCGGGCCGUCGGCCGCGACCCGCGCCGCCGCCGCCGACGACGACGACGACGGCGGCGGUGACGACGGCGGCGACGGCGUCGCCGCGGCGGAGGCGGCCGCGGAGGAGCUCCGGCGGCAGUUGCGUGACGACUACGACGAGAGGGGGGCGGCCGCGGAGCGGCGGGACGACGACGACGACGACGGCGGCGGCGGCGGCGGCGGCGGCGAGAGGUUCGACCCGUCGGCGGGCCCCGGCCGAACGCCCGCGGAGGCCGCCGAUCGCCCGACCGCCGGCGCCGCGAUCUUACGGCCGGAAGCGGCGGCGACGUCCGGCGUGGUUCUACGUCACCCGAACCCGCAGCAGCAGCAACAGCAGCAGCAACAACAACAGCAGCAACAGCAGCAGCAGAGGCUGCUGCAGCAGCAGCAGCAGCUGCAGCGGCACAGCACGGGCGGGAUGGGGCUCGCCGGCAGCAGCAGCCUCUCGGCGCUCAACCAGGACGGGUUUGGCUACGGGGCGGCGGGCGGCGCCGGCGAGGGCCACCGGGCGGUGGCACUGGAGAGGGAGCGCGAGAGGGAGAAGCGCAACUCCAUGGUGCAGCUGGAGCAGUGGAUGCAGUCGCAGAAGGAGAAGAACGAGGGAGACCGCUUGAGCAUCGCUUCCACCCAGACGCUGCCAAGGUCCAUGCCCAGCUACCGCCAGUCGCUAGUGGUGGUGGGCGCCCCCUACCCGGACGGCUACACCUCGCUGCCUCGCCACGCCGCGGCCGCCUCCUCACAGUCGCGGCGGCCGCCCGGCGGCGCCGCCGGGCCCGCCGGGCCGCACGGAGCCGGCGGGGGGGUGGGGGGCUCGGCCGGGGGGCACGGCCCCCCCGCCAACGUGGUCUCCGAGCUGUUCGAGUGGCGGCAGCGGCAGGUGCUGCGGCACGGAGGGCACAGCCCGGCGCCGCCCGGCGCUUCGUCCACGCUCCACCGGUUUGCGGUGAGCAGCCCCCCGACGCUCUACAGCAUGGCCGAGGUGGACGAGAGCGACGGGGCCGUGUACGGGGCGGGCGUCGGCGCCGCGGGGUCGUACGGGGUCACGCGGGCCAGGUCGCGCAGCGAGAGGUCGCCCGGACACCGGAGGUCGCACGCGCCCGCCGGGCGGGUGGACGUGGCGGCGGCCGCCCCCCUGGCGGCCCGCCACGCCGCGCUGCCGCACCGGCAACGCGGCGCCGAGUUCGGCCACGGCCACGGAGCGCGGGGCACGCAGACGCUGGACAGGAGGCCCAUGCCGUCCAUGGUGCACACGUCCACCCCGCAGUCCAUCCCGCCCAGCCUGCAGGGCCGCACGCCAGAGGAGCUGACCCUGCUGCUCAUCCAGCUGCGGAGAAACCAGGCGGUGCUGGCCGAAGCGAGGGACCGCACGCUCGCGCACCUGUUGGGCCCGGCGCCGGCCGCGCCGCGGUCACAGUCGAUGGCACCGUCUCUGCACCUGCAGAGGAACCUGCGCUUUAUUGAGAGCCAGAUGAAGGCUAACGAGCCGCUAAUUAACACGGUGCAGACGAUUAUUUGCUGCCGCUCGCUCCCGUUCCGGCCGCAAUUUGUGUUCCCGGAAUCGAACUACUCCUUCCGCUCCAGCGGGCAGGACAUCGACAUGAAGCUGACGCGGCUGUGUGACCACAACAAGACGCUUCACGAGCAGGAGACCAGGCUGAGGCAGCUGCGCAACGAGAAGGCGCGCAUCGAGUCGUCCCUGGAGGGGCUGCACCUGCAGGUCGCUCAGCGACGCUCGCAGCCCGAGCUGCUGCACGAGCAGCAGCAGCAGCGGCUGCAGGCCGACCUCGUGCACAUUCGUGCAGACAGCGCCCGGCUCAGCCUGGAUCUGGAGCGCUCGGUGAUCGAGUACAAGCAGCUGGAGUCCGACCUCCUGGCCCUGAGGGUCCAUCUGGAGGACCUCCUGAGCCGGCUCAGCUUCACGCAGACUGAAGUGGGUAACCAGCAGCGAGCGCAGGUGCAGAGGGACCUGUGGCGGAUCCAGGAUGUGAUGGGGGGGCUCGGACAGGGCAGCUGGGACGUGACGACAGCGGGGGGCCCCGUGGGGACAGGCGUCAGCGGUCACCCCCACCUCGUAAGGGACCCCUCGGGAAGCCCCCCUCGAGCCGUUGGACCCCACUCGCCCCUUCGCUCCUCCCUGAGACGGGAGGCGACGCCGCCGCGCCCUCCGCUGCCCGACAGCUACGGCUCGGCACGGCCGGCGCUCGCGGGCAGCAGCUGGGGGUCGCCCUACACCGGCGGUGCGCCCGGCGAGCAACUCACCAACGGGGACGCCAAGGUGACUCACCACCAACCGCAGCAGGGCAAGAGCAACGGCGCCAGCGACCGGCAGCAGCAGCAGCAGCAGAAGGUCUUCACUUCGCUUGUCGGAGUUGUCCCCCCGCUGUCCCAGCCGGGACAGAUGCAGUCGACCACCAUCGCCUCCUACGUCACGCUCCGUCGCGCCAAGUCAAACGGGGCCAAGGAGCGGCCCAAGAGCGCGAUGGACGCGCUGUACCCGGCGGGCGGUCCCGCGGGCGGUGCCGGCCGCGGCAAGAUGAGCGUGGAGGAGCAACUGGAGCGGCUCAAGCUCAACCAGAAGGCGGCGGCGGUGGCGGCCGGGGGCGGCGGCGGCGGCGGCGGCGGCGGCGGCGGGGGGGAGGCGGCGGCGACGGUGACCCCGGGGGGGUCGGGCCGGGCCGCGCCGCGCCGACGCGGCCACACGAUGACACUCGACCGCCGGACCGUCCUGGCGGCGCAGUCGCCCGCACGGCCCGCGUCCGUGGACGUCUCGCAGCUCAUGAAGGUGAGCCAGCGCAAGGACGACCUGGACAUCGCUGAGCUGGAGCGCGCCAUGCAGGACGCGGCGGCGCCCGAGACGCCGGCGCAGGAGAUCGCGCGGCUCCGCACCGCCGGCACGGAGCUCGACGGCAGCUACCAUCCGGGGUCAGAGCAGGUGUCCCCCCCUCGUCACAACGUGAUGGUGCCCGAGCGCUACGUGGACGAGGACCCUGAGGAGCCGCUGAGCCCCCUGGAAAUGGAGGCGCGGCAGAAGAACGUGGAGCGGAUCAAGGCGAUGCUCGCCAAGUCCAGCGUGCAGAACGUGGCGCCGCUGCCGUCGCCGGCGAGCCGCGAGGUGGCGCAGGGCAAGGUGGAGGCGCACGUGCAGGAGCAGGAGCGCAUCAUCAGCAUGUCGUGCGCCCUCGCCGCGGAGGCGUGCCAGCGGAGCAAGGCCGUGGCCGCCAAACUCACUUCCCCGACGAAGGGGGCGUCCCCUUCCCAGGAUGCAUCAGCGCCCGGCGGCGGCAGCCAUUUUGCGUUUGUUUAGAACGCCAAGGUUUCCGCUCGGCUCAGCGGUGUCAUCCACCUGGCGGAAGAGGUGAAGGAAGAGGACGACGACGAUGAAGGGAAUGAGAAGAGGUGUCCGCGAGAACGCGGCGGCACGGGGAGGAGGGGGCGGGGGGAGAACGGAGGACGCCGCCGCUCGCGCUCGGCCCCCGCCGAGGGAGAGAACCCCGCGGGCGGCCUCGCGCCUCUCGCCGUCGCCAUCCCGGCGAUCGUUACCGAGCCCCGACGACGAGCGGCGUCGUCACCGGAUGAAGAAGCGGCGUGCGGGCGGUGCGGGCGGACGUGCGACCGGGGCGUCCGCCGGCUUCGAUCGAUCCGCCCGGUCGCUCGUGGGUCCACCGCACCGGCGGCGGACCCCGACCUUACGACCUCGCUCACCCGCCCGCCCCGGGGGGGGGGGGGGGGGGGGG